AUGGCGAUGACUCCACAACCAUAUCAUCAAGGCACCGAAUCUAUUACAUUAACCCCAGUGUCAACUCAAGACUUAGAAUCUUUGAGAUUGAUCCCAAGGCAUCAAAUCCUGGAAUAUCCAGAGGUGAGCCAAAGGCAAAGCCAUCAAGUUAUAGAAACUAUAGAAUUGACCUCUGACAUAUGGCUACAAAGGAAGAAAUCUUUAGAGUUGACACAGUCACAUCACCAAAUAAUGGAAUCUUUAGGGACAAUACCAAAGUCACUGGGUCAAGAUAUAAAAUCUAUGGGAAUGAGUCAAAAACCAGCACAUGAAGUUACAGAAUCCACAGUAAUGACUAUUACACCACAGCUUCAAGGUGUGAAAAAUAUGGGGGCAAAGUCAGUGCCAAAACUUCAAGUUGUAGAUUCUAUGAAGCUAUCCUCAGAGUUGCCAAAUGUAAAAUCUGAGAAGCAGACCAUGGGACCAGGGUUACAAAAUAUAAAAUUUGUAGAUAUAACCACAGGUUCAAUCCCACAAAUAGUAAAAUAUGAACAGCUGAUUCCAACUGUGAACUCUAUAGAAUUGGCCAUAGAAGUUCAACAGCAGAGUGUAAAAGCUGCUAAGUUGAACCCUAUACCACAGUUGCAAAGUGGGAAAUCUGUACAGUCAUACCCAGGAUCUCAGCUUCAAGGAGAGAAAUCUAUCCAACUGACCCUCAGACCACAAGAGCAAAGUGAAAAAUCUGAUGAGUUAGCCCCAGUACCACAGUGGCAAAGUAGGAAAUCUACAGAUUUGACCUCCAGUUCACAGUUGCAAGGUAUGGAAUAUGUUCAUUUGAUCCUACCACCAGGGUUGCCAGGUAUAAAAACUGUGGAGUUGACCCCAGGACUACAACAGGAGGAUAUGAAAUCUGUGAAGUUGACCCCAAAGCCAUGCUUACAAAACCUAAGAUCUGAUGAGACACACCGAGUGCUAUUGCUUCAAGAUGUGGAACCUCAAGUGGUCAAAUGUAGGAGGUUGAUUCCUGAGACACAGGUAGAAGGUAUGAUAUAUGAAGGGCAGACACCAGGGAUACACAUUCCAGGAGUAAAAUCUGUAAAGUUGAUCUCCAAAUCAAAUCACCAAGCCACAGAACCUGAAGUAUUGACCCCAUGGCAAGCUUCAGAAUCUUUAGGGAUGAUUUCAGAGCCAGGAUAUCAAGAACCAGAAACAAAGUUGACCUCUGACAUUUGUCACCACAACAAAGAAUCUGUGGGGUUGAUACAAUCAUCUUUAGGAAAUACCCCAAGCUCUGACAAUGACAUUUCUCAUAAAUUUAUCUCAGAGCCACAGAUAGCAGAUUCAAAAUCUAUGGACUUAACUCCUGGGCAUCAGUUGCCAAGUCUAAGCUUCUCUGAGUUGACCAGAGGACCACAGUUACAAAGUAUGGAAUCUUCUGAAUUUAUCCAAGUAGCACAGUGGCAAGAUGUAACAACUGUGGAGUGGACCCCAAACUCAGAGUUUCAAGGUUUAAAAUCUGAGGCACUAAUCCAAGAGCCACAGCUGGAAGAUAUGAAAUAUAUGCAAUUAACACCAAAGUCACAAUCGGGAGAUGUCAAAUCUAUGGUGCUAACCCCGGGGUCACAGGUGGGAGGUGUGCAACAAGUGGAGCUGACUCCAGGUUCAGAACUUCAAGGUUUAAAGUCUGAGUUGUUGAUUUCAGAGUCAGAGCUGGAAGAUGUGAAAUCUGUGGCCUUAACUCCAGGAGAAUGCCUGAGAUGCCCAAGUCCACAGCUGGAAGGUGAGAAAUCUGUGGAAACAACCUUAAGCCCACAGAUAGAUAUCAAAUCUGUAAAAACCACCCAAGAUUUCAAGCUUCAAGGUAUAAAAUCUGUUCAGUUGCAAGGUGAGAGUUCUGUGCCUUUUGUACCAGGGCCAUUGCUCCAAGGGCUUAAAUGGCAGAGUAUAAAACCUGAGGAAUUGACGUCAGAGCCACAAAUGCAAUACAUGAAAUUUUUGCAAAUUACCCCAUCUUUAAAACUUCAGAAUUUAAAAUCAUUAGAGGAGACUCCAGAUCCACUGCAAAGUAUAAAAUCUGUGAAGUUGACCCGAAGUCUAAAGAGGCAGGUAGAUAUAACCAGAAUACGAAAGUUUCAAAGAGUAAAAUCUGUGGAUUCAGCACCAAGGCAACAAUUUCAAGGGGUAUCAAAUGUGAAUAGCUAA